CUCAACAGGACUGCGCUUGCUUGGUGUUGUUGGAUCAGACUGAGCUCCUUGUCAAACAAAGGCUGGGUCAGCCAAGCUCCUUUGGCGGAAGCAGAUCAAGGUUCACCGAAGUGUGUAGCCAGUUUCCUCGGCAGAUGGCUGUUUAUUGCACAGGCACCGUCAAUAUACAGCUUGACUUACCCGCAGCGGAGUACACACGUCUCUAUAUUAUGUCUUUACCAGCUCUUCGGCCAUUAUCUUUGGAAGGUGCUAAAAAAAUGAUGCAACAGCGGCAAAUGACGCAAUACAAGGAUGAGGUGUUCAAUCAAAUAUUUCUUUUGUCUGCUGGGGUUCCACGACUUCUGGGGUUUGUUUUUUCGGACAGAUGGUGAAUUAGCAUCAACUAUUCCGGUUGCAUUCAACGCCAUGUCGGGUUGCUUCAAAGAGGCCUAUCAAUCUGCGGCGCCUUUUUUUGAUCAGCCUGAAGUUGCUUGGCCGUUGGUUCUUUGCUCAGCAGUCCGCUGGAAAGCAACAGACAGCAAGCUUGUGCCUGGUACAUCAAAAAGGUGGGCAGAGGUUUUCGAGGCAGGAGCAGCAUUUCCAGACAACGGUUUUGUGCUGAUUCCACGAGUUUGGUGGUGUGAGGAUGACGAGGUCGAGACUGCUUUGAUUCGACAAGGUUUGAAGGUGAACAUCAGCCUGGAAGGCCUCUUGCCAGAUCCCGCCAAGUUGCUUCAGUCGAUGUCUAAAGGCCCACUUUUCCGAGGGACACUGUGGGAAGAGCAGGUUUGCAAUGCUUUGGCCGCCCGUUUUCAUUUGUUCUGCCUGGCAGCUGACAAAACUCCAUGCGACACCUACAUACCUUUUCUAGAUAUCUAUCCUACGACAGACGACCAUUUACGCAGUGUAUUGGAACAAUUCAGUGUUUGCUGGAGCAACGGGGUCGAGUAUCCAAAGAAGGAAGCAAGUGUCCUGGAGAGGGUCGGGAAGGCUAUCAAGUCCAACAAGAACAUCAAGAAUGCUCAUCACGACUUGCUGAUCCCGGUAAAGCGAAUUGCAACAGGAGACCUCGAGUACAUCGCAGCACAAUGUCGCUAUGGAAUCCCCAAACCUGCAAAAGACUUGACUAAGACAUGCCAGGACAAAACCAGAAAACCCAGCAAGAAUGAGACGAGAAAUGACCUUCCUGACAUGCCGAAUGUACUGCUGCAAAUUUGUUCUGAAGCUGAAGGAAUGCAGCAGUUUGAUCAUAGGAAAAUGUGGGCAAAACGCCAACGGGAGAAGAGAUACUCACUCAUGAGUUGUGAAGCUAUAAUCGCGCAGCUUGCCGUGCUCCGCAUCUUGUGA